UUUAUUUCUCGAACCGAGAGAUCCAUGAAUCGGGAUACUAAUGCAUAUAGAUACAAAUGGUCCAAUGGGAGCAAGAAUUUACAGGAACAUUUGGAACAUUUGAAUUCUGAGCAGAAGAGUCGUUUUCAUUUUCAAGUAGUGUUCGAUCGAUUACGUAUUAAUCAAUAUUCGAUUGAUUGGUCUGAGGUUAUCGACAAAAAAGAUUUGUCUAAGUCACUUCCUUUCUUUUUGUCCAAGUUACUUCUUUUUUUGUCCAAGUAUCUUCUCUUUUUGUCUAACUCACUUCCUUUUUUCUUUGUGAGUUUCGGGAAUAUCCCCAUUCAUAGGUCCGAGAUCCACAUCUAUGAAUUGAAAGGUCCGAAUGAUCAACUCUGCCAUCAGUUGUUAGAAUCAAUAGGUCUUCAAAUUGUUCAUUUAAAAAAAUGAAAACCCUUUUUAUUGGAUGAUCAUGAUACUUCCCAAAAAUCGAAAUUCUUGAUCAAUGGAGGAACAAUAUCACAAUUUUUGUUCAAUAAGAUACCAAAGUGGAUGAUUGACUCAUUCCAUACUAGAAAUAAUCGCAGGAAAUCUUUUGAUAACACGAAUUCCUAUUUCUCAAUGAUAUCCCACGAUCAAGACAAUUGGCUGAAUCCCGUGAAACAAUUUCAUAGAAGCUCAUUGAUAUCUUCUUUUUAUAAAGCAAAUCGACGUCGAUUCUUGAAUAAUCCACAUCACUUAUGCUUCUAUUGUAACAAAGGAUUCCCUUUUUAUGUGGAAAAGGCCCGUAUCAAUAAUUAUGAUUUUACGUAUGGACAAUUCCUCAAUAUCUUGUUCAUUCGCAAAAAAAUAUUUUCUUUGCGCGGCGGUAAAAAAAAAUAUGCUUUUUUGGAGAGAGAUACUAUUUCACCAAUCGAGUUACGGGUAUCUAAAAUAUUCAUACCUAACGAUUUUCCACAAAAUGGUGACGAAAGGUAUAACUUGUACAAAUCUUUCCAUUUUCCAAUUCGAUCCGAUCCAUUCGUUCGUAGAGCUAUUUACUCGAUCGCAGACAUUUCUGGAAUACUUCUAACAGGGGACAAAUAGUCAAUUUUGAAAGAACUUAUUGUCAACCUCUUUCAGAUAUUAAUCUGUCUGAUUCAGAAGAGAAGAACUUGCAUCAGUAUCUCAAUUUCAAUUCAAACAUGGGUUUCGUUCACACUCCAUGUUCUGAGAAAUAUUUACCAUCCGAAAAGAGGAAAAAACGGGGUCUUUGUCUAAAGAAAUGCCUUGAGAAAGGGCAGAUGUAUAGAACCUUUCAACGAGAUAGUGCUUUUUCAACUCUCUCAAAAUGGAAUAUAUUCCAAACAUAUAUGCCAUGGUUCCUUACUUCGACAGGAUACAAAUAUCUAAAUUUGAUAUUUUUAGAUACUUUUUCAGACCUAUUGUCGAUACUAAGUAACAGCCCAAAAUUUGUAUCCAUUUUUCAUGAUAUUAUGCAUGGAUUAGAUAUAUCAUGGCGAAUUCUUCAGAAAAAAUUCUGUCUUCCACAAUGGAAUCUAAUAAGUGAGAUUUUGAGUAAGUGUUUACAUAAUGUUCUUCUGUCCAAAGAAAUGAUUCAUCGAAAUAAUGAGUCACCAUUUAUAUCGACACAUCUGAGAUCGCCAAAUGUUCGGGUUCGGGAGUUCCUCUAUUCAAUCCUUUUCCUUCUUCUUGUUGCUGGAUAUCUCGUUCGUACACAUCUUCUUUUUAUUUCUCAAGCCUAUAGUGAGUUACAGACAGAGUUCGAAAGGGUCAAAUCUUUGAUGAUUCCAUCAUACAUGAUUGAGUUGCGAAAACUUCUGGAUAGGUAUCCUACAUCUGAACUGAAUUCCUUCUGGUUAAAUAAUCUCUUUCUAGUUGCUCGAGAACAAUUAGGAGAUUCUCUAGAAGAAAUACAGGGUUCUGCUUCUGGCAGCAACAUGCUAUGGGGUGGCGGUCCCACUUAUGGGGUCAAAUCAAUACGUUCUAAGAAGAAAUAUUUGAAUAUCAAUCUCAUCGAUAUCAUCGAUUUCAUAAGUAUCAUACCAAAUCCCAUCAAUCGAAUCUCUUUUUCGAUAAAUACGAGACAGCUAAGUCAUACAAGUAAAGAGACCUAUUCAUUGAUAAGAAAAAGAAAAAAGGUGAACAGUGAUUGGAUUGAUGAUAAAAUAGAAUCUUUGGUCUCGAACAGUGAUUGGAUUGAUGACAAAGAAAGAGAGCUCUUGGUUCAGUUCUCCGCCUUAACGACAGAAAAAAGGAUUGAUCAAAUUCUAUUGAGUCUGACUCAUAGUGAUCGCAAUUCCAAUCGACUAGGCGUAUUAUGUCGAUUUUUUUGA